GGAAAGCGGAACAGUGGGGAGGAGGAGUGCUUCGCUCCAGUUCAGCCGGCCGACGGCGCGGCUUCUGGCUUUCUAGGCCAGGCCGCCUCAGAUCUGUGGGCCAUGGCGUCAGAGGGGCCUCGACAACCCGGGGGCGAGGGCAUCAAGUUGUCAGCAGAUGUCAAACCAUUUAUCCCCAAAUUUGCUGGGCUCAGGGUGGCAUGGUUAGAGUCAUCAGAAGCACACGUGUUCCCUAGCUGUGCAGCCACGUACUAUCCUUGUGUUCAGGAACUACCAUUGCCUGAGCAGAAACUCUAUCCUGAAGAUACGGCCUUUAGAGCUUCAACAUUUCCACAUCACUAUUUAUCAUCUGAGAUGGCUCUUCAUCCAUACACCUGUUCUUACAACCUGGAGUCUACACAGAAUGUUUGCCCAGUGCCUAGCUCCCAGUAUGAUUACAAUCAAUCCAGUCGUUACCAAGGCUUUCAGAGGGGGAAGCCACGGUAUGAGCACAUGAGCACUCUCCCACAAGAUACAAAAGCCCUGUUUAAGAAAAAAAUGAGUCAUGAACAAAAGUUUGAUAAUAAGAAGGCUGAUGGAACUAUAUUAUCUGAUAUAAAAUCAGUAAAAGGCUCACAUCAUAUAUCCAUUUGUGCUGACACUACUUUGAAAUCAGAUGGUUAUUUUAAACGAACAGAAAGGAGAUCCAGAAUCAUUGAAAAAUGUGGACCAUCCUCCAAACCUGAGUUUGAAUUUACCAGGUUGGAUUUUCCUAAACUGCAGGGUGGAGAGAACAAUGAGAUAUUAGAGACACCAAAACAGCCCAAGUGGGGACCUUCACACUCUGCCCCUAUAGACACUUCUCUCGUGAGAGAAGUGGUGAAACCCACUCCAGUGUUAGCAGAGGGUGAAAUAGUGGUGAAAAAUAAUAAUUCGACUGACUCUGUAACUGAUAAUGCUGAUACCAAUCCCUCUUCAUGUAUAAGAGAGUUAUCCUGGACGCCAAUGGGUUACAUUGUCCGUCAGACGUUAUCUACAGAACCAUCACCAGCCCCUAGAAAUGUUACUUCUGUGAUAAACCUAAAGACAGUUGUUUCAUCAGCAGAUCCUAAAAAUGGUAGCAUAUCAUCUUCACAAGUUUUAUCUUCAGAUUCUUCCUACAACAGAGAGAAACCCAUUGACCAUUCAACUAAAAAGUCCAAAGCAACACAAGGUGGUGAUCCUGAGCAAAAUGAAGCCUCAAGAAAGAAUAAGAAAAAGAAAGAAAAGUCUAAAUCAAAAUAUGAAGUCCUGACAGUUCAAGAGCCACCAAGGAUUGAAGAUGCUGAGGAGUUUCCCAAUCUGGCAGUUGCAUCUGAAAGAAGAGACAGAGUAGAGGCACCGAAAUUUCAGUUGAAACAGCAGCCACAGAGUAAUUUUAAAAGUGGUGGAAAGAAGAGCCAAAUUCCAGUGCAGUUGGACCUGGGGGGGAUGCUGACAGCACUGGAGAAGAAGCAGCACUCCCAGAGUCCAAGGCAGGCCUCCAAGGCAGUGGUGUUUUCAGUGGGGGCAGUUCCCAUUCUCUCUAAAGAGGCCACAUCAGGGAAGAAGGGUCACCGCUUUAGCCAGGCAAAUACCCCACACAACCCCUUGGACUCCAGUGCUCCCCUGAUGAAGAAGGGGAAGCAGCGGGAGGUCCCCAAGGCCAAGAAGCCUACCUCAUUGAAGAAGAUUAUUUUGAAAGAACGGGAGGAGAGAAAGCAGCAGCGUCUCCAAGAAAAUGCUGUGAGCCCAGCAGUUGAUGAUAUGCAAGAUGUAGAGAGUGGUGGUGAUGACCUGGCUCUCGAACAGGCUCCAGGGAAAACAGAAGUGUCAGUGUGCUCCACUCCUGCAAUAGAGAGCAGCUCAGAAGAGCCACUGGAAACUGAGAUCCAUAAGGAAGUGGAAACCUGCUACUUGGUCCCUGAAGGUGCCAGCUGCCCCAAGAUCCACAGCCGGAGAUUCAGGGAUUAUUGCAGCCAGGUGCUCAGUAAAGAGGUGGAUGCCUGUGUUACGGAUCUGCUCAAAGAGCUGGUCCGUUUCCAAGACCGUAUGUACCAGAAAGAUCCUGUCAAGGCCAAGACCAAACGCCGGCUAGUGCUGGGGCUGAGGGAGGUGCUCAAACACCUGAAGCUCAGAAAGCUGAAGUGCGUCAUCAUCUCUCCCAACUGUGAGAAAAUACAGUCAAAAGGUGGGUUGGAUGACACCCUGCACACCAUUAUCAAUUAUGCCUGUGAACAGAACAUUCCCUUUGUGUUUGCUCUCAACCGCAAAGCUCUGGGGCGCAGUUUGAACAAAGCUGUUCCUGUCAGCGUGGUGGGGAUCUUCAGCUAUGAUGGGGCCCAGGAGAGCCCUGUUUUCUGUGGCCAGGGGACAUCACCUGUGCACUCACUUCUGUCCAAGGACCAAUUCCACAAGAUGGUUGAGCUGACGAUGGCUGCGCGGGAGGCAUAUAAGACCAUGCUGGAGAAUGUACAUAGGGAGCUGGCAGAAGAGCCUGGGUUGCAGGCCCCAACCAGCCUACCUGUGCAGGGCACCAGCUGCUCAGCAGAAGAUAGUCCCCUGGCUUCUCCCAAGACAGAAGAGCCAUACUACAUUGAAGUCUGGAGAAAACAUCUGGAAGCCUAUAGUCAGUGUGCCCUGGAGUUAGAAGAAUCUCUGGAGUCUUCAACCUCUCAGAUGAUGAAUCUGAAUUUAUAAGAAGCGUUCUUUUGUGUUUGUGUAUUUGGGAUAAGGAGUUUUAAACAACUUUGUGUUCCUUCUUAGUUCUUCGUUGAUGUAAUGUAUUUAUAAUGUGUUUAAUUGGGGCAGUAGCAGCAUGGAAGGCACAGGAAGCAGCCUUUGUGACAUUCAGAGUGCAAGCCCCAUGAAUAAGCACCCAGGCAUGCUGACUGAACCUUUCCUAAAAGCCCUCUGAGCACACUGUGAAUCUGGAAAACACUGGAAAAUGUGGUAUUCUGAGUCUUCUGCUCCUGAGGAAACAUCAUGUCCAUUGCAGAAGAGCUGAGCGAAGUUAGUUUGUGGACAGUGGGAGUAAUGUGGCUGAUGUCCUGGUGUCCUCUUAGUUAUGGUGACUCAGCCCUGUAGGGAGCCAGCAUUAGAGCGGGAGGGAGGGAGGGCCCUCCUCAGGACAUGGCCUUUCAGCAGGAAGAUUGGAGGGUUUGCUAAAAUGAGCCUCAAAAGGAAAAUCAGUUUUCUAACCUGUGGCCUUUGACAUGAAUUAUUGCUUUUAGUCUUUAUUUUUCAUAGAAACAAUGUAUAUUGAAGUUCUUAAAUUUCAGUUUUGAUAAUCUACAUAUCUUUUUUUGUAAAUGAAUAUAUUCUGAAUGUGGUUUCUAUCUCAGAAGCCAGGAGUCAAGCAACUUACUUUCCUAUUUUCCUGUAAGAGGGCUUAUUUAUUUUUAAUAAAGAGUGAUUAUUUAAUUUC